AUGCGGAUUCACCUUGUUUUUGCAGGACUCUUCCUCCUGUUGGCGAUUGCCAUGGCCAGUAUCCCCCAGAUUGAGAUCAAGGCAAGCCCUCAGCUACUGUGUGUGCUCUGGAAGUUUCCAUUAACUAACCGCUGUAAUAAUCAGGGCUCCAAGUUCUUCUAUGCAAACAAUGGAAGCCAAUUCUACAUUCGAGGAAUUGCAUACCAGGAGGACUACAAUGCUGGAGGAGCAAGUGGAACUGGACAGUCAAACGAAACUCGUUAUGUCGAUCCUCUGGCAGAUGGUUCUCACUGCGCGCGCGAUAUCCCAUACCUUCAGCAGCUACGGACCAAUGUCAUCCGAACUUAUGCUGUCGAUCCAACUAAGAAUCACGAUGAUUGCAUGCAGAAAUUGGCCGACGCUGGAAUCUAUGUCAUUGCGGAUCUUGCAUCGCCUGACUUGUCGAUUACCUCUGACUCGCCUUCCUGGACUGUGAGCCAGUACGCUCGGUACACUGCGGUGGUUGAUGCCUUUCACCAGUAUGACAAUGUCAUUGGGUUUUUUGCUGGCAAUGAGGUUGUGAAUCGCGUGAACCAGUCAAUUGGCGCUGCCUUCGUCAAAGCUGCCGUGCGAGACAUGAAGGCCUACGUCAAAACGAAGGGAUACAGAAAGUCACUAUCCUUCGGCUACGCAACUACCGAUCAGCCGGAAUUUCGCAGGGAACUUUCAGAUUAUCUCAGCUGUGGAAACCAGUCUACCGCCAUCGAUUUCUUUGGUUACAACAUCUAUGAGUGGUGUGGAGACAACACCUUCAAGGGUUCCGGCUAUGCAAAUCUCACUGAGCAGUACAAGGACUACCCAAUCCCGAUUUUCUUUUCUGAGUACGGAUGCAAUACAGUGAGGCCACGCAAGUUCGGCGACAUCCCUUCGAUCUUCGGAUCUGACAUGGACGAUAUCUGGAGUGGUGGCAUUGUCUAUAUGUACUUUGAAAGUACUAAUAACUACGGACUUGUCUCUGUCGAUGGGAAUUCCGUCAAAACCCAGCCGGAUUUCAGCUAUUAUUCCAAAGCGAUCCAGACUGCAACACCCACUGGUGUGAAUAGUGGCAGUUACUCUCCACCAAACACCCCUAAUGCAUGUCCCACCAUCAAUAAUCACUGGUUGGCAAAGGCUAGUCCUCUGCCACCCUCACCAAACAAAGAUUUAUGUUCCUGCAUGGUGAACAGUCUGUCGUGCGUGGUCAGCAACUCCAUGCAUGCAGACCAAUAUGGUGACUUGUUCGGCACAGUCUGUGGAACCGACAAGGGCGCCUGUGAUGGGAUUUCUGAAAAUGCAACCAUAGGACAGUAUGGGGUCUUCGGUGCCUGCGGUAGUAAAGAUCAACUCUCCUACGUGUUUGAUCGCUACUACCAGAACCAGAAUAGGGAUCAGUCCGCCUGUGAUUUUAAGGGCGCUGCCUCUAUCCAAUCUGCCAAGGAUCCUUCAGGAAGCUGCAAGUCACUCCUGGGCCAAGCUGGUGUAACCAGCCAGGCAACUGGGCGAUCCACAUCCACGUCGAAAGGUGCGGGUGCGAGCACGAUGGUUCCACUGGCUGUGAAUGUCAACAAUGUGUACACAGCGAUGGCCUUCAUUGGGGCUACUAUGGCUGGCAUUUUUAUGGUGUAUCUUUAG